AUGCAACAGGAUUUGAAAAAAUAUCAAGAAAAUCAAGCAGCCAAUAAGGACACCAAGAAUCAACAGGCCGACGGCAAAGAGCAGAACGACAGCAACAAGACAAAAGACGGCAAGCCUAGAAAGGGGAGCUGUGCCAUCUCAAAGCGAGAUGGCGGACGAGAUGCCUGCGAGGACGGCAACAAUCUCAACGAGAAGGAGCCUGAGGAGACCAAGCCAGAUGGGAUAGAGCCCGAGCAGAUCAAGCCCACUAAAGAGACCAAGAACACUAUUGAAAAGCCGGAGCAGAUCCCAAAGGAGCCAGAGAAGAUAUUGCACGAGAACCUGGCAAAAGGUCUCGGGUACCUGCAAGCAGCACAGUUUAUGACCGACAUCGUGGAUUCUGCCACGGCCCAUCUGAAUGGGUCAAUUACAGGCAAGGUUGAAGAAGACAUAAAGAAUGGCAAUUUCUCAGACGCAUUGAAGUCGAGCGGAAAAGUACUUCUCGACAUUGCAGACGAUACGAUACCCGGACUCAACGAUAUACGAAUCCAGACUGAAGAGCUAGAACGCAAACUACAGUCUAUCCAGGGCAAGUCAACGCUAGAUACGGUAAUUCAAGCGCUCGAGGCGGUUGUGGAGCAUCAGGCCAAAGUUGAGCUGACAAUCCUGAAAAAUUACGUGCCCGGUGUUCCGGAAGUACUGAAGAACUUCAACGAGGAAUUACAGGAGGCUUCGAAUUUCAAGGGGACAGAAACUGGGGUACAAAAGGCGGAAAGGAUUGCGGGCUUGAUCACCAAGGGAGUGACAAACACGGUCAACGAUAUCUUCAGGGAUUGGGUGCCUGCAUACAAAGAGAUACAGGAUUCGGCUCGAGAGAAAUGGAAAGGCCUCGGCAAGGAAGUUAUCGCACGGGGUGUAGAGCAGCAGCAAGCAUGA